AUGAGCCCGCCUCAAAGAUAUUCUUUCGUGAACGCGCGUCCCCAGACGAAGGCGGAAAAGCGACAGACACGGACUGCCAUUCGGUCGCACAUUGGACGAUGGACCCAGGAAAAACAGCAGAAAAUCGAGAGCAAUACGACGAGCUCGGGCAGUGAGAAGGACUCGCCCCCGGAAUCGUCGCGCGCCGUGUCGCCCUCGCCAGCGCCAGCAAAUCAGACACAACCGCCACCUCGUGAGAGACUGGGGAGUGUGUGGUCCGACGCGCCAGACAGUGCAAGCAGCGACGGUCCUCCUGAUCGUGAAAGCACGGAAGAUGAUGUUCAAGUCCUCUCAGAACUGACCGUCACAGCCCCGGCGCAUCUCCGACGAGUACUUUCGGCAGGCUCGACCACCCAUUCGAACUCCGCCAUCCAGGUCCUAGGGUCAGGGACCCUGGAUCCCUUUCAUACCUAUCCGUCGGACUUUCCCUCAACAUUAGUAUCACAGUGCCAUGACUAUUCACUGAAAGUACUAUGGCCAGGGUUGACACCCCGGCCGGCCGGUGUGAUGGAUCCUGCGGCAAACAGAGCCUGGUUUCCUAUGCAGCUCAACGAUACCGUCGCUCUGCACUCGCUGUUGUUUGGAGCCCUGAGUCACAAGCGCCUCAAUCUGCUGAAAGGAGCCGGGGACCAUGUCAGCCUGGACCUGACCAGUUUGGAGCUGGACAUGCGGCGCUGCGAGGCCGAAUCCAUUGCACUGAUCAACAGAUCCCUCCGCAAAGGCAAUGCCAUCACAGAUGCGAUGAUAGUGUCAGUUCUUUGCAUGGCAGCAAAUGCAUGGGACUUGACCCUUGAGCGGUUCUUGAACGAGCCUGCCCCUCCACCAAUAUUUGAUCCCAUGUUGAAGAGUCUGCAGUGGUUGGACGUAUAUGGGCUCCUCAGCGAUCAUCCAAUCCAUGCCGCCGGCCUCAUGCAGUUGAUCAAGCUCAGGGGUGGCUUGCACGACAUUCGAACGCCGGGUAUUGCUGCAACAGUAUUCUUUUUUGGUAUUCUCAAAGCAAGCAAGCAUCUUACCUCGCCUCUGUUCCCUUUUGUGCCUCUUGUCGAGGACGCCGAGCCGAAUCAGACCCUGUGGAGUUUGUUGGGCACAUCCCCGAGUGAACUUCGAGACGAGUUUGUGUUCAGCGGCCUGUCCGAUCUGGGACUGACGAAUGAAAUGGCCAUGGUCAUGGUUGCGAUGCAGCGAUACGGACAGAGUGUCCAGUUGUUUGUGGAUGGCGCUCUUGCAGAUCUUGAUCUCGCCCGGUUUUGCGACAGAAGGAACCUCAUCCAACACACCUUGCUGUCGUUGCCCCCACAAGAAGACUUACCGGCCUCGGCUGCUCCACGACCCAUCUAUGAGCCAACUCGACUCGCCAUGUUAAUAUACUCUCUGACUGUCAUCUUUCCGCUGCCCCACCAAGCAGCGCCGAUAGCUCUCCUAGUCGAACGGCUCAGAUCGGCUCUUCGCGGGACCGACAUGCGCACCAGCUGGUCCUCCUCGCAUCAGGUUCGGCGCCUCCUCGUGUGGAUCCUUUUCAUAGGCGGUAUCGCCGCGAGAGACAUGCCAGACGACCGCUCAUGGUUCGUCGCCUUGCUGAGAAGGCUGACGACGAAAGGGAACCGGCUCAACAAGUACGAACAUCUAAAGCGAGAAGUGCUGAAUCGUAUCUUGUGGCUUGACCGGUCCUGUGACGCUGCUGGGAGGGUACUCUGGACGGAGAUCUUGGGUUCUGGGGAAUGA